AUGAAGGCACAUCCCGGGCCCUGUGGAUGGCGUCCUUCUUUCGAGUCCCUUCUUCAGGCUCUGCCCUCGCAUCCCAAGUCCCUGACGCGAAUCGCGGAAAUAACAUCCGCUUGUUUAUUGGUCGAUCUCGGGUGCCGAGAGGCUGAACUCCCCGUGUUUGAACUCUACGGACCUCAGAACCCACGUUUCAGUACAAGCACACUUAAUGAAUGUUGCCAACCAUCGCAGGAGCAGAGGAGAGAGUACACUGGGUCCAUCAUGCAUAUCCAUGAACCUGCCUCAUCUACUGACGUCAUGAUGUUGCACCAUGCGUUCGACAAAGACAAGGACAAGGGCGAGGUCAAGGACAAGGGCGAGGACAAAGACAAAGACAAGGACAAGACAAGGACAAGGGUCAAGGACAAGGACAAGGGCGAGGGCAAAGACAAGGGCAAGGGCGAGGGCGAGGGCAAGGACAAGGACAAGGACAAGGGCAAGGACAAAGACAAGGACAAAGACAAGGACAAAGACAAGGGCGAGGGCAAAGACAAGGACAAGGUCAAGGACAAGGACAAGGGCGAGGACGAAGACAAGGACAAAGACAAGGGCAAGGACAAGGGCGAGGGCAAAUACAAGGACAAGGACAAGGGCAAGGACAAAGACAAGGACAAGAACAAUGACAAGCGCCAAGACAAAGACAAGAACAAGGACAAACACGCCACGCCCUUUUCACCUGAGUCCCUUUCCUCUACCCCUUGA